CUAGGACAUUUCACUACAGCAAAUCAUGGAUCCAGAAGCUGGGAUCAAUAGGACAGCUGUCACCGAGUUCAUUCUACUGGGCCUGGUGGAAACAGAAAAGCUACAGUCCAUGCUGUUUGUGCUCUUCUUCUUUGCCUACCUGGUCACAGUUGGGGGCAACCUAAGCAUCCUGGCAGCCAUCUUGGUGGAACCCAAACUCCACACCCCCAUGUACUUCUUCCUGGGGAACCUAUCAGCACUGGACAUUGGGUGCAUCACUGUCACUGUUCCUCCCAUGUUGGAUCGUCUUGUGUCCCACAAGCGUACAAUUUCCUAUGAUGCCUGCCUCACACAGCUCUUCUUCUUCCAUCUGUUGGCUGGAAUGGACUGCUUCCUGUUAACAGCCAUGGCCUAUGACCGAUUCCUGGCCAUCUGCCGGCCCCUCACCUACAGCACCCGCAUGAGCCAGACAGUCCAGAGGAUACUGGUGGCUGCGUCCUGGGCUUGUGCCUUCACCAAUGCACUGACUCAUACUGUGGCCUUAACUACCCUCAACUUUUGUGGACCCCAAGAAGUGAAUCACUUCUACUGUGACCUUCCCCAGCUCUUCCAGCUCUCCUGUUCCAGCACCCAGCUCAAUGAGCUGCUGCUCUUCGCUGUGGGUUUCAUAAUGGCAGGAACCCCUGUGGUUCUCAUCAUCAGCUCCUACAUCCACGUGGCAGCUGCAGUCCUGCGAAUCCGCUCAGCUGAGGGCAGGAAGAAGGCCUUCUCCACAUGCGGCUCCCACCUCACCGUGGUUUGCCUUUUUUAUGGGACAGGCAUCUUCAACUACAUGCGUCUGGGUUCAGAGGAGGCUUCAGACAAGGAUAAAGGGGUUGGGAUUUUUAACACUGUCAUCAACCCCAUGCUGAACCCACUUAUCUACAGCCUCAGAAACCCUGAUGUGCAGGGUGCUCUGAGGCGAGUAUUUGUGAGAAGGCAGUCACUGACCUGAGAAGUGACAGGAUUCCUCCUUUCCUGCCUUUUCUGGACAGGAAACUUUGCCAUGAAGGCAACAAUCAA